AUGUCUCCCAGAAUAACCAGGUCCUCUGCCCGCCAAGCAGCGAGCCAGGCGGCUCGAGCUUCUGCUGCAUCAUCUGCUUCCACCAACACGCUGCCAGAUAUUUCGCCUUCUACUGCUCCAUCGUUGUCGUUAUCCCGGAAGCGAAAAGUUUCGAGCGCUGAGAGAAGCCCCGCGACUGGAUCACAACCUAGCUCUUCGGUUCGACGGUCCAAGAGACAAAAGAUUCCUGAAGCUGCUGUUCCACCAUUGGAUACUGCAAAUACUCUACCUCACCCAACCUCGCCGCGGAAAGGGAAAGUCUUAGUGGAUAUGGACGGCACCGAGUUAGUUGGAAAGACUGUGUCCGUUGGAAAUGGUGUUAAUAUUCACAACAGGAUACCUGACAUCCCCGUCACCAUGGACACAUCACCUAGUUCUAAUGUUGCCAGUCGAAGAUCGGCUCGGACCAAAAGGAGCUCUACACAGUCCCAAGCCACUACCUCCUCAGUGUCGCUUAAUCAAGACCCCCAGCAUUUCACAGGUAACAGCUCUGACCAAGAUACUACCAUGGGUGGUAUGGGCGAACCCAGAGUUCAAGCCUCUUCGUCUUCACCCCAGAAGGGAGAUACACUCGCUAGAAACAGCACAGGUGAUAGCCCGAUAGAUGACGAUUUGAGCAGAGGUGGCGGCGCAAAUCGCACUGAACACCCCCCGUACAAUGACGGGAACGAGGACGAGGACGAGGACGAGGACGACGAAGACGAAGACGACGAAGACGACGAGAACGACGAUGAUCCCUUCGGAGCAUAUGGCGGCCCAGGAGAUCAUGAUUCCGGACUUUCCAGUACUUUGCGAGCACUCACUGGCAUUAUGACUGGGCUGUCAAGUCGGUUACGAGAACUUCUCGGCGGCCUGCGGAGUGACGAUUCGUCUGUCCAGGUGAUUGCCUUACAGGAGCUGUCCGAAAUAUUCCUGGUGUCUAACGAAGACAACUUGUCGGGCCAUUUUUCACCUGAUGCGUUCGUUAAGGAGCUUGUUCAACUAAUGGGCAAGGAAGAGAGCCCCGAGAUCAUGCUCCUAGCCUGCCGUUGUCUUGCGAACCUUAUGGAGGCCCUACCCGCUAGCAUUGCCAAUGUUGUGUAUGGAAAUGCCGUCCCCGUUCUCUGUCAGAAGCUGCUUGAGAUUUCGUUCAUCGACCUGGCAGAACAGGCUCUUAGUACGCUUGAGAGAAUAUCCACCGAGUACCCGUCUAGCAUUGUCCGAGAAGGGGGGCUCACAGCAUGCUUAUCAUAUCUCGACUUCUUUGCAACCAGCACUCAGCGAACAGCGGUGACUACAGCAGCCAAUUGCUGUCGGAAUAUCCCCGAUGACUCAUUUCCUGUCGUCAAGGAUGUCAUGCCAACCCUGCUCAAUGUCCUCAACAGCAAUGACCAACGAGUUGUGGAGCAGGCUUCCUUGUGUGUCUCAGGGAUCGUCGAAAGCUUCAAGUAUCACCCGUCGAAGCUCGAAGAGUUAAUCAGUGUUGAUCUGCUGCGCGCGAUAUUACGUCUCCUUGUCCCAGGGACUACGAAUCUCAUUGGCCCCAACAUCCAUACUCAGUUUCUCCGCGUAUUAGCAUUCACUGCUAGGGCAAGCGCCAGGCUCUCCUCUGAGCUCUUCAAGUUAAAUGUUGUCGAGACACUCUAUCAAAUUUUGACGGGAGUUUCUCCUCCUACGGGCACUGAAGAUGUAGCAUCUAAGCUGGACAGUGUCAUCAUUAUGCAGGCGCUUAUCCACCGGCCUCGCGAGCAAAUUGUGGAAGCCCUCAAUGUCAUAUGUGAGCUGCUUCCAGACUUGCCUCGUAAUGCAGGAAUUGCCGUGGGAGACUUUAUGGAACUGCAUGAUGCGAUUGAGCCGAUUGCACCGUCAUCUUUGGGCAGUAGAUGCGAGCCGGGCCCCAACGACCGCCGACUUGAACUUUUGGAAGACUGCAAAGACCAAGUUCGCCGUUUCGUGCUCAUCAUUUUCCCAACCUUAACAGAUGCUUUCUCCAGCACAAUCAAUCUGAGUGUACGCCAGAAAGUAUUGACUGCUCAGAUAAAGAUGCUCUCCAAUUUGGACCAGAAUCUUCUGGCCGAGGCACUAGCACCAGUGCCUUAUGCCUCCUUUCUGGCUUCUAUUUUAUCACAGCAAGAUCACCCUUCCCUGGUUAUUCUAGGCCUCCAAGCAACAGAAUUGCUCCUCACACGCCUUGGUAGCGUUUACCGAUACCAACUUUAUCGCGAAGGCGUGAUCCUUGAGAUUCAGAAACUAGCAGUCGACGACAGCCAGCCUGGCACUAAGGAAGAUUCCAAGUUGAGGAACACGUCCCGACGACCCAGUCUGCCCGAUGCUGGCGAUAGUAGCACGCCUUCAUCAGACCAUGAGUCAGAAGACAACGAUAACGAAGACGAAGAAGCAGAAGAUGAGGGCGAAGGUGCUGCUCACGACCACCACUCUUCUGGCGGCGACGAAGAAGAUGUUGAUAAUGAGCUUAAUGCGAGUGACGUAUCACCUGCUAGUUCUCGCGGAUCUUCGAUGUCGCUGGAUGCCACGUCUCUUCCCUAUGUUUCCAAUAUCCAACUAAUGAAGUCCCGUAUUGUCACCAUUGCAAAGAAAUUUCUAGAAGUCCACGAAAAAGACGGCCACGGUCAGGUCAUGCGAACGCAAACUACGCAGAUACUGCAAACUUUAUCCCAGCUAGCAGAGGAACUCGAGGCCUUUUACUUGGCCCGUACGUCAAAACAUUCAUCUCCGGAAACUGGACGGACACUUUUCUCCAAGCUCUCAAGCUACUUUGAUACCGACAUCCUGGAAAGCAUUACCAGUGCAGAACUUCUAGCGUCUGGUAUAGUGAGAGUCCUUCUUGCAAUUUUUAGCAAUCCUGACGAAACACUGGCGCACGCUGCCCAAGCAAGCUUUUUGGAAGUAUUCAUGAAUCCCGCGGUGAAGCCCAAGCCCAGAACUGGCGUUACGGAAUCACAAGCAACACCAUUCGGCGUAUUAAUUCAUAAAUUACAAGAUUUGCUCAGUAGGUCAGAGCAUUUUGAAGUCAUUACUGUUCACCAAAACAGCUUUGAUGGUAAUCGCAGCAGCCCCGCGUCUAUGCUGGGUAAGCAGAUCAAGCUCAGACUGGUUGCAGAUGAUGAGCUAUCGAUUCCCCGAUCUUACCGAAAUAUAAUGGUUUCCAUUCAUGCAAUUGCCACCUUCAAGUCCCUUGAUGAUUAUCUUCGUCCACGAAUUAGUCUGGCGGAGCGGCCAAGGAUCUCCCGAAGAGAUGGACUCUCCAGAGCCCUUGCGGCUAUAGCUAACUCUAGCAUAUCGCAAAACUUCGCUGCAGGCGCCAGUUUAACUGGGCAACCUCCUAGUUUAACUGGAUCUACCACGCAGCCUCCUUUGCCUCUAAUGUCAGGAUCCUCGGCCUCCCGGUUUUCCGGCGGAGCCAACAGCAAGCUAUCAUCUCAUCAGGGAGAGACAGCCAACUCGCAGCCUGCCGGGCCAUCUACCGAUAAAGGGUCACUACGUCGCUCUUCACGGCUUUUUAGGUCAUCCGCAGAAAUACCAAAUCCCUCAACUCGUCCUCCUGAUGAAGACAAGGCUCCACAGCCUACUCUGGAGUGUGCAGAUGAGAAACAGCUCACUGACGAUGAUGACGACGAAGCUGGCGACAGUACUGCUCUUGACGCGAUUGUUGGCGAGCUUGAUGAAGAUAUGGAAGGAAGGGGAGAUCCGGAUCCAUCAGCCGUAAAUCUCGAAGUUGCCUCUGGAAGUAUCAUCACUCGAAAAGAGGACGGCACGAGAGUCCCGACACCGACUGGAUCAAGAUUCAAGGACUAUGGCUCGUAUAAGCACAGCAGCCCGGCAGCAUCUCAUUCUUCAUCUCGACAGCCCUCAUACUCCUCUAUACUCCAGUCUGCCCCUCAAGAUUGGUAUAUUGAGUUCACGCUGGAUGAUAAAGUUAUUCCAAAUGAGACAACCAUAUAUCGUGCUGUUCAUAUGUCGACGUCCUCGUCAGGUGACCACAACAAUAAAAACAUUUGGUCGUCCACACACCCCAUCAAGUUUCGAAGAGUCUCUGGACAGCCUCCAGCAGAGUCUAGACCGACCAACUUCAAUAUUGAGACUGAUGGAGAAGUAGAGAAUGGAAUUUCGGCAUCACUAGCGAAGCACCCAAUAACUGCCUCUAUCCUGCAGCUUCUCAACAUCCUUCACGACCUCAAUGCCAACAUAGAAGAUGUUUUGAUUGAGAACAGGAAUAGUAUGGUUGGCCUCCGGGUUGAGCAAUUGUCUCAGUUCGUGAAUACAAAGCUUACGGCUAAGCUCAAUCGCCAAUUAGAGGAGCCAUUAAUCGUUGCGAGCAGCUGCUUGCCGAGUUGGUCUGAAGAUUUAGCACGCCUCUACCCUUUCCUGUUCCCCUUCGAGACUCGGCAUCUCUUUCUCCAGUCAACAUCAUUCGGAUAUGCCCGGUCAAUGGCUCGUUGGCAGAAUGCACAGUCGACGGAUGAUAAUCGACGAGAUCGCUCCAAUGAACGGCCCUUCUUAGGCCGACUUCAGAGGCAGAAAGUCCGCAUCUCCCGACUCAAGAUCCUCGAGUCAGCGUUGAAAGUGAUGGAGCUAUAUGGCGCCUCCCAGAGUAUAUUGGAAGUCGAAUAUUUUGAAGAAGUUGGCACUGGCUUAGGGCCGACGCUCGAAUUCUACUCUACCGUAUCAAAAGAGUUUUCCAAAAAGAAGCUCAAACUUUGGCGAGAAGUCGACUCUGCCGGGUCAGAUGAGUUUGUAAUGGGCCAGACGGGGCUAUUUCCCCGGCCGCUCAGCCCCGAAGAGGCGACAACGCCAAAUGGAGAGCGCAUUCUUCAUUUAUUCAAGGCUCUCGGCAAAUUUGUGGCCCGAUCAAUGAUUGAUUCUCGCAUCAUUGAUCUCCACUUCAAUCCGAUAUUUUUCAGAAUCGGAGAUGCCUCCUUGACUGGUGUCAAGCCCUCUUUGGGAGCGGUAAAGAUUGUUGACCCAGGUCUUGCUCGCUCUUUGAAAACAAUCAAGAAGUUUGUGUUGGCUAAGAAAGAGAUUGAUGAAAACCCAAAUCUCACACCAGCACAAAAAGUGGCUGAUACAGAGGCAAUCAUGAUCGACAAUGUGAGGUUAGAGGAUUUCUGUCUCGAUUUUACGUUGCCUGGCUACCCCGAAAUUGAACUCGACGAGCAUGGUUCUUCCAAGCGAGUUACUAUAGAGAACGUUGAUACCUACUUGGAAAAAGUCAUUGAUAUGACUCUGGGGACUGGUGUCAAACGCCAAAUUGAUGCUUUCCGUACUGGCUUCUCGCAGGUGUUCCCAUAUACUGCACUGAGAGCUUUCACCCCAGACGAAUUAGUUUCGCUGUUUGGACAAGUAGAAGAAGACUGGAGCCUUGAGACUCUUAUGGAUUCUAUCAAGGCGGACCAUGGCUUCAACAUGGACAGUCGAAGCGUGAAGAACCUACUGCAGGCGAUGAGCGAGCUGGAUCUCAAACAGCGACGAGAUUUCCUACAAUUCACCACUGGUAGUCCAAAGCUUCCUAUUGGCGGGUUUAAAAGUUUAACUCCGAUGUUUACCGUUGUUUGUAAACCAAGCGAGCCUCCGUACACCUCUGACGCCUAUCUACCAAGCGUCAUGACGUGCGUGAACUAUCUGAAACUUCCAGACUAUACGACGAUGGACAUCCUGAAGAAACAGCUGUAUACUGCAAUCAGGGAAGGACAAGGAGCUUUCCAUUUGUCAUGA